UUCUUUUUUAAAACAGUUAGGUUUUGAUGACAAAUAAAAGCGAGUUCUGGUACGGUUCUGGUAUCUUAACCAAAUUUCUCCGAGACUAAACAAUAAGGUACUGCCGUCAGAAUAACUGCAAGUCCGUUGACCAAUUAUAGGCGUUAAUAUGGCAUUUAAACCCAUAGAUCCCAAACGAGAUGAAUACAGGCGCUAUUUGGAGCGAGGUGGCAUUAUCGAGUCUUUGACCAAGGUUUUCGUACGUAUUUUGAAGGAAAGACCGGAAGAUCCAACCCAAUACUUGUUACAGAAUUUAGGAGAUGCUCGACUCCAAGCCGAUAACAUUGCUUAUUUACAAAAUGAACUAGAGGAUGCACGGGCAGAGAUACGACGUCUAAGUGACAUUAUUAGAAAUAUUAAUCCGGAUUUGCUCAACGAAAGUUCUAUCAAGAACACAACUUCUAAUGAUGUCUCUGUGGAAGAAAUUGAAGUUCAGCAGGAUGCAGGGCAGCAUCAAAUGACUGAUUUUACUCCAGAUCAAAGUGUGGAACAUAACAGUAUGUCGCCUGAUACGGACAUGGUGCAAAAUGACAAAAAUUGCACCGAAAAUAGUUAGACUAUUGAAUUGAAGUUUAAUGCUUAUUGCUAGUCCUAGUUUGCUGAUCCAAGUAAUUUGGAUUUAAAUCUCAAAAUAUGUAGAAUCUCACAUACAAGUACAACAAAUCUUUAAGUAAAAAAUUUGUAUUGUAGCAUUUGAACUACAUUCCAAAA